UCGAUGUGAACUGUGGAGAAAACGCGCACCUGAGUCUUCAGCUGGUUUUAAACCACAUAGUCCCUCAGUCCGCUAAGACUUGUGAGGAAUACACCGAUUUGUGUCCGACUUUGAGAGAUAAUUAGGCCACACAGACAGGAUUCACACAUCUGGUUUGGAAGAGACUACAUUUCCCAUCGGCCGUCUGGGGCGCAUCAAUUUUCCUUUUUCAGUACCGUUUUCUUGGUUUGCAGCUGGAUCAUCUGGAUGAACGCGCCACUGCGCAGCAGCAUUAGUCUUAUGGGGAAGAUCCGGUGAUUUUAUUAUUGCGAUUUUUCCUUUAAAAGGCUGGAUUAUUCAUUUUUUCUGACAACUUUCUACAUGAAGUAACCUAUUUUGUUUUCUUCUUUUCUAAUUCCCACGUUUUUCUGUGAGUUUAAACUACGGAUAAGUUGGAUAAAACGAUUUUAAAUAAUCAGUUUUUGGGGGAGUUUCGCUGAAAAUCCUGUAUUUAAUCACCUGGACAGACAAGAGUGUGUGGACUGAAGCUGAUAGCUCUGCACAAGACUCUGGUUGUAGUCGGACAGACGAGCCUCCAGUGCCAACGCCUUUCCCCCUCUCUCUCUCUCUCUCCGCUUCUCCCCGGCUGGGAAACUUCAGCUCACACCGCCUCAAGGGCUGUUUGACGGCGAUCCCCGUCGACUCAUGACCUGCUGAAAACCCACAGCCCGACUCUAAAGAAGUUCAUCACAGAGGGAAAAUGGGGUGCACGAUCAGCGCCGAGGACAAGGCAGCAGUGGAGAGGAGUAAAAUGAUUGAUAAAAACCUGCGGGAGGACAGAGAGAAAUCCUCCAGAGAAGUGAAACUGCUUCUGCUCGGUGCUGGGGAAUCUGGGAAAAGCACAAUAGUAAAGCAGAUGAAAAUCAUUCAUGAAGAUGGCUACUCAGAAGAGGAGUGCAAGCAGUACAAAGUGGUGGUGUACAGCAACACCAUCCAGUCCAUCAUGGCCAUCAUCAGGGCAAUGGGCCGGUUAAAGAUAGAAUUUGGGGAUGCUGCACGGGCGGACGAUGCCCGUCAGCUGUUUGCCCUGGCGAGCUCAGCGGAGGAAGGGAUAUUGCCAGCAGAGCUGGCCACCGUGAUUCAGAGGCUGUGGAGCGAUAGUGGAGUUCAGACAUGCUUCGAUCGAUCUCGAGAGUAUCAGCUCAACGACUCUGCUGCAUACUACCUAAAUGACUUGGACAGGAUCUGUCAGCCGAACUACGUCCCAACUCAGCAGGAUGUGCUGCGUACACGUGUGAAGACCACCGGCAUCGUGGAAACUCACUUCACCUUCAAAGAUCUCUACUUCAAGAUGUUUGAUGUUGGGGGUCAGCGGUCAGAGAGGAAGAAGUGGAUCCAUUGUUUUGAGGGAGUCACAAGUAUCAUUUUCUGUGUAGCGCUCAGCGACUACGACCUUGUCUUGGCGGAGGAUGAAGAGAUGAACCGGAUGCACGAGAGCAUGAAGCUUUUCGACUCCAUCUGCAACAACAAGUGGUUCACGCUCACCUCCAUCAUCCUCUUCCUCAACAAGAAGGAUUUGUUUGAAGAGAAGAUCAGCAGGAGUCCGCUCACUAUCUGCUACCCCGUAUACUCUGGUGGGAAUUCAUACGAAGAGGCGGCCGCUUAUAUCCAGUGCCAGUUUGAAGAUUUAAAUAAGCGAAAGGACACCAAGGAGAUCUACACCCACUUCACUUGUGCCACAGACACCAAGAAUGUGCAGUUUGUGUUCGAUGCCGUCACCGACGUCAUCAUCAAGAUCAACCUGAGGGAGAUCGGGCUCUACUAAAUUUUCAGGCCGUUCAGGUGUCUGGAGGAAAAUCAGGACUUUCUGGGCUGGUAUGUCUUGUCUGCAGAUUGGAAAGUAUGUGUUACUAAGGACUGAGCUGGUGGCCAUGCUGCAUGCAGGACUUAAAUUCCACAAUUCGGGGACUUGAUACUAUGAUCACUUUUGUCUUAACAGAUUUAACGAUGCAGAGCAUACUGGGAGGAACUGAUAAGUGGGAGGGGGGCUUCUGAAAUGAUCACUGUGAGUUCUGUGGAGUCCUGUCAUAUUCAAGACCUUUACAUCAGUCAGGGGCUGGCAGGUAAAGCCCCUCUGAUGUCUCUGACGCAUUUAUAGUUUGCCAUAUGUACAAGGACCAAAACAAAGCAAAUCUAUUACUGCAUUUCACAGUUUCACAGCUGACAUGUAAAUUCUGUUCACUUUCUUUGUGUUGAAUCUUCUCUUAGCUUAAGUAUGUAUCACAUUGCUUUUAUUAAAUGUUUGAAUUUUGGUAUAUUUUAUUUUAAUUUUGAGUUGCAGUUAUAUAGUAUUUCCACUUUUGGAUGUGUGAAUGCGAUAACUUAUGUGGAGAAGCAUUUUGCGUGAGCAGUUUUAAUGUAUAUAAGUUAACCUUUUGGGUCUGGGAUUAGUUAGAAAGAGUUUAAUGAGCUCAGUAGCAACACAGCUGUCUAUAUAAAAAUUUUAACAAUUAACUAGACAACAAUGUAUUGAACAAUAUUUUUAUACAUGAGACAUCACUGCAAAUCAGUUUGUAAGGGAGCUCUUGGGUUCCCUGUGUUUUCCAUAGGAGUUUAAAUAUGACUUAUAUUAUUUACUCAGUGGAGGCCAAUAUAGAAUAUCCUGUUUAUCAAGGUAAUUGUUUUAAUCCUAUGGAUAUCAGUGAAGAUAUUUAAACACAUUGAACAUAAAAAGUGGAAUAGUUUAGUCAAAGGCUGUGCUUGUGUUUUUUGGGCGAAGCUGUCACAUAAUACCGAGGAAGUCUGUUGCUGUUAUACAGUACACUAUAGUGGAGCACAGUUUGGGUUAGAUCAGCCAUUUCCUGGUAGAAAGCAUUAACAGUUUUCAUGUGUAGAUCUCUUUACAUUUCUGCAGUUGUAUUGAUUCAUUUUAAUAUCAAUAAAUGAUGGCACAAA